AUGAGACAUGGAUUAAUACCCAAUCUUUUGGAUGGCGGAUAUGGUGCACGUUAUAAUGCUCGUGAUGCUAUUUGGUUUUGGUUGUAUGCUAUUGUGAAAUAUAUUGAAAUGGUUCCAGAAGGUGCUCAAAUUCUUAGAAGUAAAGUACUUCGUAUAUUCAUCCACGAUGAUACCAUUUAUGGACAUGAUUUAACUGAACAAUGUCUUGCUGAUACAAUGCAAGAAGCACUUAUGCGACAUUUUAAUGGAAUAGAAUUUGUUGAGCGUAAUGCUGGUUAUAGAAUUGAUGAACAUAUGCAGGAGCAAGGCUUUCAUGUAAAAGCAUAUGUUGAUCAUAGUACGGGUUUUAUAUUUGGCGGUAAUGUUUACAAUUGUGGUACAUGGAUGGAUAAAAUGGGAAGUUCUGAGAAAGCGGGUAAUAAAGGUUGGCCAGCAACACCACGAGAUGGUGCUGCUGUUGAAUUGCAAGGCCUUUGUUUUGCGGUAAUUGCAAAACUAGAUGAAUUGUAUCAAAAAAAACUCUAUCCAUAUGAGGGUGUUUCUAAUGAAAAGAAAGAAAUAUGGACAUGGCAAAAAUGGGCAAAUAUUAUGAAAAAUAAUUUCGAACGAUUUUUCUAUGUAGCUGAUAAUGAUUUGUCACAGUAUGUAAAUAGACGUGGCAUAAUUAAGGAUACAUAUGGUUCAACGCAAGGUUAUACUGAUUAUCAAUUAAGGCCAAACUUUUCGAUUGCAUUAGCUGUGGCUCCAAGAUUAAUGGCUCCAGAAAAGGCUUGGCAUGCAUUGGAAAUUGCAGAGAAGGAAUUACUUGGACCAUUGGGUAUCAAAACUCUCGAUCCAAGUGACUAUAAUUACUGUCCAUUCUACAAUCAAGAUGAUGAUGGCACAGAAAAGAAGACAGCUCGAGGUUGGAGUUAUCAUCAAGGACCGGAAUGGCUAUGGGUGGGAAUGUUUUUUUAUCGAGCAAAAUUAGCCAUAGCAAAAGUGAUCAGUGAAGAUAGGAAUAAUGUGGAAUUUUAUGAAAAAGCUAAACGAUUCGUACGUUCGCGAAUGGGUCCAUAUUGGGAACAUUUGAAGCAUUCAACUUGGGCAUCACUUCCUGAAUUAACUAAUGCAAAUGGUUCACCAUGUUAUUAUUCAUGUGGUGCACAAGCUUGGAGUAUUGGUUGUAUACUGGAAAUGGUUAAUGAAUUGUAUGAAUUACAUAAAGAAUAA